AUUGACGUCCACUAGAUGGCGCCCGGGCUGACACCAUGUAUGUCUGCCUUCUAUUGUGAAGCCGAAGAAGAGCAUUGGCCAGCCGAUGGCAACAUGUCUGAUUACGACAGCGUCCAGAAAAGUGCCCUGAAAAUCAAAGGUGUCGGAGCCAUUUCUUCUGGAAAAAAGAAGAAAAAGAAGGAGAAGGAGAGCAAGCAUCGCAUGGAGCAGAUGGUGAGCGGUCAGAACGAGGAGGAGGGCAAGGCCACAAAGGCCUACAUGGACAAAAGGACACCAGCUCAGAUCGCCUUUGACAAGAUGCAAGAAAAGAGGCAAAUGGAGAGGAUUUUAAACAAAGCGUCCAAGACACACAAGCACAGAGUGGAAGACUUUAAUCGCCACCUGGACAACCUGACAGAGCAUUACGAUAUUCCUAAAGUCAGCUGGACCAAAUAAGUCUUGGUUUUGUUUUGUGCUUGUUUAAUGUAUUUACCAGGAUAAGUGGCCUACUGGGUCAGUGUAUGUUUUGGUCAUUGAAUUUUGUUUUACUUAAGUGGGAAUUGAAAAAUAAAAAGCGAUUGGUUUA